GCGAGUCGAGUCCGUGUGGGUGUGGGUAUGGGUGAAGGGGACCGAUACGGACUGGAUCCGGAGCUCGGUCGGCUCGGCUAGGGUUCCUUGUUUAUAUAGAUCGGGACGGCACCGCCGCCUCCUCCAAUCCAAUCCAAUCCCCAAACCAGCAGCAGCCCAGCGACCACCAGCAUCCAAAUCCAACCUCCAUCGGGAGGAGGCCAUGGCGGGUAGGGAGGAGGAGGAGGAGAGGUGGACGAUGAGGCCGUGCACCGCCGUCAGGUCUACGAUGGCCGGCGACCAUGGUCCGGCGACGCGGGUUGUCUCCAAGUCCAAGAGGGGGAAGGCGGUGGCGCGGUCCAGCCGCAAGAAGGGUGAGCGGAGGCCCGAGUGUGCGGCGGCGGGAGCAGGAGAUCGGGCGUUGCCGGAUCCACACGGGAAGGCUGCGAUGCCGACCAAGAAGGUUGUCGGCGCGGCGGCGGCAGCACAGGCUGGAGGCAAAGGGAAGCGUCCGCUCAAGAAAAGCGAGAUCAGGACCAUAAUCGCGCUGAAGCCGGAGCCUUUCCCCGAAGACGACUACCUGGACGGCAUGGCCAAGUACUACCCGCCGGAGUGGCUCGAGCAGAAGAAGAGGGAGCACGCACAAGACGCCGCGUAUUUCGGGAAGAUUGACGCCGACUACGAGGACUUCCGGAAGAAGGUGAUCGACGGGGUCAAGGAGAAGGGCUACUUCGAGGUCGACGAGGGCUACAUGGAGAAGAAGCCCGAUCAACACCCAAAGCCACAACUGCAGAAGGUCGAUUUAAGUGAACUCAUGCGCUUUGCUGCUACCCCUGAAGAAGAGUUGCGGCGGCGAGGUGGUAAUGGUUAUCAUGAGUACUCUACUGAUGAAGAGGAUGAUGCUGUUCUGGCUCAUGUGCGUGAUGAAGACGAUGAUGAUGACUUUCUGAGUGAUUCUUCUGUGAGCGAUGAGGAGAAUGCUCAAACCGAGGGAGCGGAUGUUCACAAGGUUGCUGCUAUUGUGGCCAGCUGAAGGCAUUUGGUCCAUCUCUAUCUGUCUUCAUCUAACUAGUAGUAUAUGUUUACUUACUGGCAGAUGUCUCUUUGCUGGAUCCGUCUGUGUUAAAUGUACCCCUGUUGUGUCUUGUUUCGAACACCGACUAUAUAAUUUACAAUGUGGUUGUCGCUUCAA